GUUUUACCUAUAGUUUGCGACGAGUGUGCAACCUCUAAGGCAAGGAUGAAUAUCAACCAAUAAAAUUAAGGAUUAUUUAAUGAAAUACUGAUUCUGCUCGCAGAUCGGGACUUUUCUCCACACUGAAGGUUAAAGGGUGUUGAGAGGUCACUCAGCCAACACUGAAAAGGGCAAACUGUGAAGCACAUGCACAGAGACUGCAUACAGCAUGGCCGCUGUGGGCACUUGGUCCUUCUCCCUCCCUGCUGUAGAAAAAAUGCGGUGCAUGAUUCUCGCUGGACAGAGUUCCACUGAUGUUGUAGAGAAUGCAAUUGCAGAUGUUGAGAAUGACGUGCAGACAGGCCGUCAUAUAGUUGGAAGAGGAGGCUUCCCCAAUAACCAGGGAAUAGUUGAAUGUGAUGCAGCAAUCAUGGAAGGUGUGCCUGGGAGAUUUGGGGCAGUAGCUGCAUUGCGUGGGGUAGGGCAGCCAUGUCGGGUAGCACGCCAAGUAAUGGAGAGAAGUCCUCACAGCUUUUUAGUUGGUGAAGGAGCUGAAGCUUUUGCACAGGAACAGGGUUUUACCAUUGAGCCCAACAACAAUAUGCUCUCAGACCAGACAGCCACUGCGUAUCAGGAAUUUCUUGAAAAGGGGAAACAAGUCAAAGGCCAUGAUACUAUCAGUCUUAUUGCUUUGGAUCUUACAGGAAACAUAACUGUUGGUGUUUCUACAUCAGGAAAACCCUUCAAGGCUCCAGGGCGAGUGGGAGACUCUCCACUUCCUGGUUGUGGCCUCUAUGCUGACUACACAGUAGGUGCUGCAGCAGCUUCAGGUGAUGGGGACAAAAUCAUGUGCUACUGUCCUAGCUUUCAAAUUGUACAGUUGAUGAGACAGGGUUUGUCUCCUAAAGAAGCCUGUUGUUCUGUCCUUGCUGAUAUAAGAAAAAGAACAGGAGAAGACAAAUGCUUUGAGAUUGGGCUUAUUGCCUUAAACCUAAAGGGAGAGGUUGGUGCAGCUUCCUCGGUGGAAUUCCCAUAUACUUUCUGGAACCAGGGAAUGGAUUCGGUGGAAAAACAUGUCCUUUCUUAUUGACGUUCCUCUUCUUUCUCAGUAGUAUAAACUUUCAAAUAUACAAUUUCAAGAGAUAAAAAAAUCUUGAAUUCGCAUUAUGUUUUGGACAGCAGUAUGAAUUAUAUCAUUGUAAUCUAUAUACAUAAUUGCUACUGUAUUGAAGUAUUUAGAAAUGGAUUUCAUUGUAUAAUUUAAUUUGUUAAUAUAAUUUGGUAUUUUAUUAUUAUAUGCCUUUUUUUGGUUUUUUAUGUUAUGGUUGUGGGCUAUAGU